AAGCGGAGCUCGUGAAAUUUCGGAUUCACAUUCACACCAACCAGGGUUUCAUUGGGUAGGAGGGCAGAUGACAAUAGACGACGAGAAUUCCAUCUAUGUGGGCGGACUACCUUACGAUUCCACCGAGGAAACCCUUCGCGAGGCCUUCCAUUAUUAUGGCUCCAUCGUGGCCAUCAAGAUAAUUAAUGAUCGUGAAGUUGGUGGAAAAUGCUAUGGCUUUGUUACUUUUACAAAUCCCAAGUCUGCUGAUAAUGCCAUCCAUGAAAUGAAUGGCAGGACCAUUGGUGGUCGGGUUGUAAGAGUAAAUGAAGUGAAGGCCCGAGGUGGAAGACCAAAUUUUCAUCGUGAAAAUUUCCGUCGGGAUUCUGAGAGGGAUGUGGAGUGGGACAGAGGCAGAGAUCGAGACAGGAACUAUGAUAAUAACAGGGACCGUUAUCGUGAUCGAUACAAUGAUCGGUCUCGAGACCGUGAUCGCGACCGGGAAAGAGAGUAUGAGGAUUCACGUGAUCAUGAUCGAACGAGAGACCAUUUCUUGGAUCAAGAUCGUGACCGAGAUCUGGAAGACAAUGAACAGGAGCGUAACAAGAGCCGUGAUCAUGAUUGGGAGAGGGACCAUGAUAUAGAUCGGGACCAUGAUAGGGAGAUGGAUAGUGAUGACCAUGAUAGAAGCAAGGACACAGAUAAAGACCUGCAAUCAAGGAUUCGGACUGGCUCUAAGAUUUGUGAUCGACAUAGUAGGGAGCUAUCGUCAAACUCCAGCGAUGAUUACCAUGAUCAGGUAAAGGAGCAGUUGGAGAUAUCAAAUCAAAGGCACGAGGAGCUCCAAAAGGAGAUUUCACAACUUGAAGAGCAAUUAAAAGAGAAAGAACAGCUGGUGUCAGAUUUGCAGAAGAAAUCUCUGAAAGUGGAGGAUGUCUUGGCAACUGCAAAGAAGCUAUCUUCUCACCGACGGAUGCAGUUGACCAAUUUGCAGAGAUGCUUUUUGCAAGUAAAGGAUUAUACUGGGAAGCUAAAAGCUAGUGAACAGGAGCUUCAGGCUCUUCUUGAUACGACAAUGAUCGAAGUUAGUAUGGGUGAUGAUGCUUCUUGAAGGAUGUUAUCCUUCACACAAAUUGCAAGGCAUGCCAUGGCAUGCCAUGACAACUUAAGUUGAAUGAUCUGUGCUGUAUGAUGCAUCGUGCGAUUAUGCCUAGCUGUGUGAUAUCUUGUACAUAUCUUGAUUUUUUGAACCAUUUUAUCAGUCU